GAUUGUGGUGACAUCUAAUUUCUGACAGGUAACCAAUCAGUCCCCGCCUAAUUUCACGCAGCAUGUAAGCGAGCAGAGCAAAGUGACGGACCGCGUGAGCCGCAGGUUGAUCCGGAUCUACCAGCUCUACAGCCGGACCAGCGGCAAGCAUGUGCAGGUCCUGCCCAACAAGAAGAUCAACGCCAUGGCCGACGACGGAGACGUGCACGCUAAACUCGUUGUGGAAACUGACACGUUCGGGAGCAGAGUACGCAUCAAGGGAGCUGAGACAGGCUUCUACAUCUGCAUGAACAAGAGGGGGAAGCUCAUCGGCAAGAAAAACGGACAAGGCCGCGACUGUAUCUUCACUGAGAUCGUUCUGGAGAACAACUACACGGCACUGAGGAACGCCCGCUACGAGGGCUGGUACAUGGCCUUCACCCGUCGCGGGCGGCCACGGAAAGGCUCACGGACACGCCAGCACCAGCGCGAGGUCCAUUUCAUGAAGAGGCUGCCGAAGGGGCAGCAGCCCGCCCACCCAAGCCACCACCACCCUUUCGACUUCAUCCACUACCCCUUCAGUCAAAGGACUAAACGUACGCGAUCCUCGUCAGAGCGUUGAGUAGGGGGAAGAAGAUAGGAAAGACAGAGGGAAAGAGGAGAAACUGACUGACUGACUGAAUUACCAGCAGCCGACACACUCCUCUGCUCUCACAGAAAACCUCUAGAGACAUUUUUUAUACUGAGCAUUACUAUAUCUUAAUGUGUAGUUUGAUUUCUAUUUUUCUCAAAGUAAAAAAAAAAAGCUGUACAUAGACAAAAAAAAACAUGAGAAAUCUAUUUUUGUACUCCAGACUUAGUACUGACCUGUGUAAAAAAAGAAAAAGUAAAGUUUGUUUUUAGAUGCACAUAACUCAUCGUCUGACUUACCGGGGACAUGUUAGUAGUGUUGUUUUGGUUUAGUUUUUUGUUUCAUUUUGACCAGUGGAGUCAUUUUUUGGACUCUCGCCUGCUGCUCAAGGAGACUUGAAGGGCCCUGAUUGACCGCACUGCCAGGGAACGCUGCGCUUCGGAGACACAAACUGUCACACACUGCGUCGGAGAGCGAGCGUUGCGUGAGCACGUGGUGGUGACACUGCGGUGUUGGAGCUCUCUGCUAGAUGCUGCAUCCCGACUGGGAUCAUUCUGUAUCUUUCUCACACGGUUCGAGUGAAACAGAGCUUUAACAGCGUCUGAUGGAACAAUGUGGCAGCUACAUUUGAUAAUCACAGGUUUCCUGUUCCUGUUUCCUGUUCUGUAAUGUUGACGUGUACAAAAUGCAUUGAAGUGUAAGGAACCCCUCAACACACCCACUGCCCCCUGCCCUCUUGUGGUCUUGUUGCCCCCCUGAAUGUCUGUUUUUAUACAUAUAUAAAUAUAUUUUUAUUUGAGGAUGUGUAAAAUAAUUUUAAGGAUGGAAUAUUUAUUUAAAAUGUGUAAUAAAUGUACAUUAAAAUACUGAUAUUAAACUUUUGUUUGGUA